AUGCCUGACUCCAUCGCCUUCUCCCCGGCGCCGUACCACAUCAUCUCAUACGGCACCCUUCUGGGAACGACCUUCUUCCACUCCUUUGUGAAUGGCAUCACCAUGUUCCGCGUCCUCGAACGCCCGGCCUUCUCGACCGCGCAGAACGCCCUCUUCCCCGUCUACUUCACCAUCCAGACGGCCCUCCCCGCCGUCAUGGCCCUGACCUUCCCCGGGAGCGGCAGCCCGUUCGGCGCGCGGGAGGGCGGCAUCGGCGGUCUCCUGAACGAGUCGAACCGGUACAGCGCGCUGCUGCCCAUCGCCACCAUGUUCGUCACCGGCUUGGCGAACCUGGUGGUGAUCCUGCCUAAGACGCAGAAGGUCAUGAAAGCUAGAUACGCUCAAGAGAAGAAGGAUGGAAAGAAGAGCUACGACAAGCCGCCUCACUCGCAGGAGAUGUUGGCUCUGAACAAGUCCUUCGGCAAGCUGCACGGUGUCUCGACAAUCGUCAACCUCGCCGGGUUUGUCGCGAUGGUGGCUUACAGCUUCUCCCUUGCAUCACGUCUCGAUUAA